AUGGGGGGGGGUCCGGGGGCUGAGGGCUGGGAGCCUGUCGCUGCAGCCCUUCGAGUACCCGGUCUGCACCCGGCGGGGCGCUUACUGGAGUGUUUACCUGGCUCCAGGAGGGGAUUCUUAGGUUUGGCCCUGGGGGUGGGCCCAGGGGGGAGCCACAAAAGCCGGGGCUUUGAGCACAAGCCCCCUUUUCAGCUUAACCACAAGACCCGUGGGCUCCUUGACAGGCGAGCUGCCACACUGAGGGGGUCUCCUUUUUCGUCUCUUUCCUUCAGGAACAUUGUGCCUUGGAUAAAGAAGUAUGGGACCAACCCCAGCAGCGGAGAGAAGCUGGACGCCAAGUCUCUGAUCAAGCUGAACUUCACCAAGAACAGCGAAGGCAAAUACCACUGCCCGGUGCUGUUCACCGUCUUCACCAACAACUCCCACAUCGUGGCCAUCAAGUCAACCGGCAACGUGUACGCCUACGAGGCCGUGGAGCAGCUGAACAUCAAAACGAAGAACUUCAAAGACCUGCUGACGGACGAGCCGUUUUCCCGCCAAGACAUCCUGACGCUUCAGGAUCCCACGAACCUGGACAAGUUCAACGUGGCCAAUUUCUAUCACGUCAAGAACAAUCUGAGAGUCUUGGACCCAGGUAGGCGAGAGCCCCCGCCCUGGCCCGGCUCGGGCCCUUUUCUCUGUGGAAAGGGGGCCCAUGGGCCCCCGGGGAGGCUCCCCCUGCUCCUGCGGCUCCGCCAGCUCCGACCUAGGUGCCUUCCCUCGGACCUCACUGCCCUGUGGGGGGGUCCUCGGGUCUGGGGAGUUUCAGCCAGAGCCCAGAGCGUGAUGUUCAUGCCCAGCACCAGGCAUGGGACCUGGGGCUUGCUCCGUGGCGGGCGCAGCCGGGGCCUGUCCCUCAGGGCUUCCUGUGUUUUUAGAGGAAGAAGGCCCGGGACCCCUGCCUGCCUUUGUUCCUCUUUCCACCAGGCUCAUUAUUCCACUGGGAUGGUCAGCGCCUCCUUCACAUCCACAGCCAUGGUGCCCGAAACCACCCAUGAAGCAGCCGCCAUCGAUGACGACGUCGUCCGCUACCGGUUUGUUAAGAAGAAGGGCUACGUCCGCCUGCACACCAACAAGGGGGACCUCAACCUGGAGCUGCACUGCGACCUGACUCCAAAGACGUGUGAAAACUUCAUCAAACUCUGCAAAAAGAAUUACUACGACGGGACGAUCUUCCACAGGUCAAUCCGAAACUUUGUGAUCCAGGGAGGCGAUCCAACUGGCACGGGGACAGGGGGCCAGUCCUGCUGGGGGAAACCCUUCAAAGAUGAGUUCCGGCCCAACCUGUCCCACACGGGCCGAGGCAUCCUCAGCAUGGCCAACUCCGGGCCCAACUGCAACAUGUCCCAGUUUUUCAUCACGUUCCGGUCCUGCGCGUACCUGGACAAGAAGCACACCGUCUUCGGGAGAGUUGUCGGUGGCUUUGACACCCUCACAGCCUUGGAGAACGUGGAGAGUGACCCCAAAACCGACCGGCCCAAGGAGGAGAUUCGCAUAGAAUCCGCCACUGUCUUUGUGGAUCCCUAUGAAGAAGCGGAUGCUCAGGUUGCCAAAGAGCGGGAGAAGACCCGGCUGGAGGAGGAGGCGCCCAAGGUGAAGGCCAAGGUGGCCGCCUCCAAACCCGAGAGCUCGGGGCCUCGGGCUUACCAUCAGGGAGUGGGCAAAUACAUCUCCCCGGAAGCCACGAAACGAGCCGCGGAGGAUCAGCCCUCGACCAGCGCCUCUGUGGCCGUCAAAAAGAAGCCCGGCCGGGGCUUUGGGGACUUCAGCUCCUGGUGACGUCGCAGCCUGGGAUGGCCUCUGGAGACGGGCCAGGGCCCGGCCGGCCUCACACAAGCCUGGACUCGGGGGCGGGCUCAGGGCAAGGCCUUUGUAGCGACCAAGGAAAGGGGGGGUCAAACCGAAAUAAAGGACCCCGUUUUGGCUGCAUGUCCCUGCCUGCUCUUGGCCCCAGUUCCUUAGUGCCCCUCCCACCUCCCAGCCCGGGGCUUCCGGGACUCCCUUGGACUGGGCCAGAGCUGCCCGUUCUACACAAGGGUGAGAACCGCUCCAGAGGCCGAAGGUCAAGUAGGAGAUGGGGCCUCUUUAAAGAACCGCUCCACGGGGGCCACAAGAUCAGGUCAGGGGUAGCUAGUAAAGCUCAGGAGUCCUAGUAGGCCACAAGCCCAAGUGGGCUGUUGGACUGAUGUGGAAGGAUAAAAGUCCACUCCUCCACUCCGACGCAGCCCCCCUGGGGGGGGGAGGGGGACCCAUGCAGGUAACGGCCCGUGUCCUCUGCCUUGGCAGCUCCGACCACUACAGGUGAGCCACGGAGCUAAUGGGGCAGGGGGCAGGGGAGCCCGGCUGGGUGGUGAUGUGGAAAUUGGGCCAUGAGGGGCACGGCCACCUCCCCUGCCAGGAAGGGCUGGUCACAGCCGGAGUUCUCCCCGGUUCCCAUCAGCCUGUCAGCAGCGAGAAGACCCCAGAAUCCUGUCCCAUCCCACCCGUCACCAGCCGAGUGCUCGCCAGCUGCUCGAGGCGGCACCAGCUUCUGCUUGGGCACAUCUGGGGCCAAAGGUCCCCCUGGCAGGCGGCUGCUAUUUAGUCGUACAGGGACCUUGUGCCAAGGAAGUCACAGAUGCCCAAAGGUCGCAGAUGGAAUCGAGGAACCACUGGUGCGUUACCAAAAGCUUUAUUCUGAUACCAGGAGAAACAGAUGUGGUCGAGCACCUCGGCCGAGGGAGGCUCACCGCGCUGGCUGAGGCUACAGGAGGGAGGAAAGCUUUUGUGGGGAAAAAACGUUUCUAACCUUACAACCCAAAGUUACAGUGAAGAAAGCCAACGUUGGGGGCCCCUGCCCCGUUCUGCGACGAUGCUGGCAUGGCCACUGGUCGCCUUCCCCAGGUCUCUAGGGGGCAGCCCCCCAAAAAGACUUCCGCCACGACCAGAUUUUGGGGACGUCCAGGAGCCAGUGGGGCCGCCCGAGGGCAGGUGGGUAGGGGACAGCAACAGGGUCCUCCUUUCCAUUGGCCAACUGCUGUGUCAAAAAUGCAAGCCUUGGUCCAGUCCCCAGGAGGAAACUGGCUUCCCACAGGCUGGGCUACAAGGCUCCCAUAAGCACCAAGGUGACACGAGGCCCCGUGUCGGGGACGCCGCGACAAGGUUGGCCCAAGGUGACAUCUCAAACCGUCCUGAAGUCAGGAGGGCGAACUGAGGCUUUUGUUUUCAAGGUAGAACACCAUCGAGCUUCAGAACCAACCCACGUGGAUGAGUGGUUUCUGGUGGCAGUUCUCACCACCGAGCCCACGGUUCUCCAAGGGAGGGAGUUUUAAGACAACUUUCCGGUAAACUGCUGCAAACUGUCCAUCUGGGAGGCCGGGACGCUUCAAGGCUCGGCACCUCCCCCAAAACGUUCACGCUGACAAAUGCUCUCCGUUCCACCUGCAUGAUGCCGCGGUGACCACGAGUAAGAAGUGUAUGUAUAUGUGCGUGUGUGUCCCACAGACAAGAUGGACAGUGCAAGUCACAAAAGUGCUCACAAUGGAGAGGAACUCAACUCACCAGAACAAUAUAAAAACUUUAAAUAUAAUCUUAAUAUAUGUACAAAAAUUGGUUAGAAGAAAAACACAGUAAAAUUCUCUCUUCAAGUAAAGUGAAAUUUUUUUUUGAAAGGAGGCUCAGUGACCAGACCGGCCCCUUUCCCAAAUCCCCAGAAUCUGUAAGCUCCCUCCACCCGAACCCCUCAGCCUUCUGGGCCACCUUUCUGCACCGGGAUCUUCUCCAGGACUGUCACCGAGUCUCCCCAGGAGUGGGAGAGGAAGCCGGGAAAAUGGCAGGAUUAAUUAGUGUUAAGCGCUCAUCACCCUGCUCCAGUCAAUGAGCCAAAAUCCAAUGACGCUCCUGGUGGGCAACAGCGCGGGGGCCGACCUUCCCCUCAUGGCGGUGAGAGAUUCCAGGUCCUCGAGCCCUAAGCGGUUGGAUCUACUCUUGAGGAUGAACAAAUGCACCAGCAACCAAGGCUGCGUGGGCCGAGGCUGCCCCAAGACGCCAAGAGGAUGAAGAUUCUGCUCACUCCUUCUCGUUCAGAAUUCAGGCCUUUCUUUCAGGGAUUUCUGGGACGUGUGGCUGGUGUGGAACGUGGGCGAGGAGAAUCGAGGCUAGCUGGUAGAGCGGGCGCCUUCCAGUCUGGUGGCCAUUAGGCAUGGCAGCUUUCGACUUUCAUAGGCUCACGUUGGCCCAAAGCGCUUGACCUUGAGGUCAAAAGGACCAAGCAUCUCUCACUUUCACCAGCUCCGGGGCCCACUUGGCCCCGCUCUGGUGUAAGAGGAUUUUGCCGGUGCCAACCCACGGCUGGGCCUUCCUGCUCCGACUCCCCCGAGCUGCCCAGAAUUCGCUAAGGUGUCUGAACCGCUCUUCCCCUCCCCCGACUUGCACAGAGGGCUCCCAACUCUCGGAGACUGCUCCCUUUGCUGGCGUCCCAUCAGCUCAGCGCUAAAGGCAGGGUGGAUUGCUGGAGCCCAGACGAGCGCAGCUGCAGCAGCGGCUCCAUCCAGAAAACUGCCAGUGACCAAGAGAACAAAUGGGGGCGUCUCCGGCCCUUGGGGAGGGAUGGGCAUCUUGAGGAUGGACACGGGAGCCGGCAGAUGGUACGCUUGUUCCUUGGGAGAAUUUGCACCCAGAACUGCGAAGCUGUGCCCAGCCU